AAAAAAAGAAGAAAAGAAACAUGUGCGCUCUCUUUGCGAUGAAGACGUGCUUCCUCGCUCGUAAAUUUUCACCGUUCUUGAGAAGGAGCUCGACGUCGACUAUUUUCGCGCUUUCGUCUGGUUCAGUAAGGAGUGCCUUAGCUACAAUCAGGGUCUCUGGUCCGCACACCGCAGCUGUGCUUUGUCGCAUCGCAAACCUGAAGCAGCCGACACCGCGAAAAGCUAUUUUGCGGAGACUCGUGCACCCUUGCUCAGGCGUUCAUCUCGACACUGCUAUUGUGCUGUGGUUUCCAUCACCUCGCAGUUACACCGGUGAAGACUUUUGUGAGUUACACGUCCAUGGAGGCGUUGGAGUUGUUAGCGCAGUAUUGGGCGCCUUGGCGCUCGUUGAAGGCGUGAGACAAGCAGAGCCAGGCGAGUUCACAAAGAGGGCUUUCAUGAACGGCAAAAUGGACCUAGCAGAAGUUGAAGGUUUGGCUGAUUUGCUAAAGGCUGAGACAGAAGCCCAGAGGGUGCAGGCAUUGGCACAGAUGGAAGGUAGCCUUAGCCAGCUCUACAAGCAGUGGACGCAUGAUCUCAAGAUGUGCCUCGCAAAUGUUGAAGCCUUUAUCGACUUCAGCGAGGACCAGGGGAUCGAAGAGACCAUACUGGAUUCUGCUGCAGCGCAGGCCGAGAAACUAGCCACAGAAAUCCAGAUUCACCUGCAGGACGGGCGACGUGGCGAAAGACUACGAGGUGGCGUAAAGGUUGCCAUUAUUGGCCGGACUAAUGUUGGGAAGAGCAGCCUGUUCAACGCAUUAUGUCAGAGGGAUGCAGCCAUAGUAUCACCCAUUGCAGGAACAACCAGAGAUGUCAUUGAGAGUACAUUGGAUAUUGGUGGCUACCCUGCUGUAUUCUCCGACACUGCGGGCCUUCGCCGCAGCAAUGACCCUGUUGAACGUGAAGGAAUUCUGCGUGCGCAACACUGGGCAGCUAAUGCGGACCUGGCACUCAUUGUGGUGGAAGCGAGGGAAUUGCUUCAAUUCAAGCCCACAACUGAUUUCAUUGACGACCACCUGAAGGAACUAGACAUACAGUCGUGUACACAGCACCGCCUCAUCAUCUUCAACAAGCUGGAUCUUUUGUCCAAGGAUGAGCAGGUCACAGUUGAGGAGCAUGCUAAGAGCAUGUGCCUUGACAGCUGCUUCACUUCGUGCACAACACAGCAAGGCAUAAGCGACCUAGUGAAGAUUCUCGGCGCACAUCUUGAAGACUUAUGUGGCAGACCAGCAGACUCAAGCCCCGUUUUGACUCAGGAGAGACACAGAAGGCAUCUGGACCAGUGCCUGAAACACCUGAAACUAUUCGGCGCAGAGGUGCGACACGACUCUGUCAUAGGUGCCGAGCACUUGAGGAUUGCACUUUCUCACCUGGGCAGAAUAACGGGCCGUGUUUUCACAGAGGAAAUACUUGAUGUUAUAUUCAGAGAUUUUUGCAUUGGAAAGUAACUUUGUAUGGAGGCGUGUUCACGAGCUGUGGCGAACAGGAGGAGGACAAUAAAUUGAGUACUUAUA